UAGUGUGAAAGCAGCCUAAACUGUAAGUCAAAGCUACUUCUACAAAUGAAGUACCUACUGUCAAGCUCAAGUUAUAUCAGUAGUACAGUGGCCUGCAUAAUUAAUACAAUAACUACAAGUCCAAGCAAGCCUGCAAGGUUCCCUGUGUUCCGGUUACCUCUGUGGAAACUGCGUAACUGUAAAGACUGUUUCCUGCAUAUUACAAGUAAAAGUUCCAGUUACUUCAAAUCCUUGCUGUGGACCUUCAUUCACUGCAUGCCGUUUUUGGGCUUGUUGUCGGCAGUGGCCUAUACCAAAACAAUAUGACUAAUGAAGAGAACAACAGCUGGAGGCACCUAACCAAAAAACCUGAAGCAAAAAAUAGGAUAUAUGGAGAGCGAAGACAGAAAAUCACAGUGGUUCAAAAAAUCUGAGCUAAGCGGUGGUGCAAAGGAAUAAAUAGCGCCAAAAAUGAAAUAACAAAAAGAAAAGAUCCAGCAACUCACCACAACCAUCACUCAGUAAAUAGCUGCCGCCAUCGAUGUCCGGGAUCUAGCGGAAAGCUCAGAGGCUACAAACCGGGGUACAGAAUAAAGGAAGGAAAACUAGAUUUAAUUUUUAUAUUAAAAUUUUAACAUGUUUGAUAAAUUUGAAUGAAUAUAUCUGGAAUUUGAUCUCAUAAAUCCCUAUUAUAGAAGAAAUAUGGAAAGAAUCUUCAAUCAUAGCCGAGUUAACGAAAUUGUGCUACAAGGAUUCCCAACUCUUCAACACUUCCAUUUUCUCCUCUUUGCAAUCCUACUUAUCAUCUACCUUUUUAUCAUUUCUGGCAAUGCUGUAAUACUGCUUGUAAUCUGCAGAGAGUCCGCCCUGCACUCCCCCAUGUACUUCUUCAUCGCAGCAUUAUCAUGUUUUGAAAUCUGCUACACGGCCGUCACAAUUCCAAAAAUGUUGGCCGACCUAUUGGAUGAAGAGAAGAAGAUCUCUUUGAAUGGAUGCCUUGUGCAGGCUUAUUUCCUACAUGCUCUUGGAGCAGCUGAAUGCUACAUCCUCACAAUCAUGGCAUAUGACCGAUAUUUGGCCAUCUGUAAGCCAUUAAGAUACUCAUCUAUUAUGACUACUGGCCUAUAUGUCAAUCUGGUUGCUACCUGUUUAAUUGGAGGAAUUCUAAGCCCGGUCAUUGAAACCAUCUUAAUUUCUCGCCUUCCAUUUUGUGGUCCAAACCGUAUUGAGAAUGUAUUCUGUGACUUCCCUCCAUUGAUCUCCUUGGCAUGUACAGAUACUCGGUUGUAUAUAAUGGUUGAAUUUAUCGUCAGCUCCUUUAUCAUCCUCUUGACAUCUGCUUUUGUUUUUUUCUCUUACACCAGGAUAAUAUACAUUAUCCUAAGGAUUAAGUCCAAAGAUGGACGCCGGAAAGCCUUCUCUACUUGCGGGGCGCACAUUAUGGUUGUCACUUUGUUUUUUGGCAGCAUUGGCUUUAUGUAUAUACGUGUUAGAAAAAGUUACUCUGAAGACUAUGACCGGGUGGUGGGUCUCACCUAUGCGGUCUUUACACCUUUAGCCAAUCCCAUCAUUUAUGGUUUGAGAAAUGAGGAAAUAAAAAGAUUUCUACAUAAACUUUUACCAUCAGAACAAUUUUUAUGCACAUGCCAAUAUGGCAGCAGUAGAUUGGUAGUAAAAAUGCAAAAAUAAAAAUGAAAAUAAAUUUGCAAUAGAAUUAGUGUUAUCAUACAAAUGUUAUUGAGCAACUCGUUGCAGCCCUAUGGAUGAACCCCUAGUGUAAAACUAAAACAUAUUUGUCAAACUCAACUUUCAACUUUAUUUUGACCUAAAGUGUAUUGGUAAUUGUGGUGAAUUUUGUCUUCUGGAAAAAAAAAUCUUUAUGAGCCAAUAAGGGCAAUGGGGAAGGCAAGCUACUUUUCAUAUAGAUGUUUACAGCAUCAAUACAGUGGGGAAAAUAUAUUAGAACCAGUGCAUAGAAAGAAUAAAGAAGUUGUCUUUAGUGACCUAUCAGAUUCCAGUUCUUAUUUUUAUAUUGUGAUUUACAUAACUUUGGGAAAACGGG